AUGCCCAACCCCAGGCCAACCAAGCCCUUGGCCCCGUCCUUGGUGCUCAGCCCAUCCCCAGGAGUCUCGUCCAGCUGGAGGGCUGCACCCAAGACCUCAGACCUGCUGGGGGCCAAGGGCUCGGGAGCAACCUUCCAGGGACGGGACCUCCGAGGUGGGGCCCAUGCCUCCUCCUCCUUCUUGAACCCCAUGCCACCAUCACAGCUGCAGGUGCCCACAGUGCCCCUAGUCAUGGUGGCACCUUCUGGAACACGGCUGGGUCCUUCGCCCCACUUGCAGGCACUCCUACAAGACAGGCCACACUUCAUGCACCAGCUCUCAACAGUGGAUGCCCAUGCCCGGACCCCUGUGCUGCAGGUGCACCCACUGGACAGACCAGCUAUGAUCAGCCUCCCGCCACCCACUGCUGCCACUGGGGUCUUCUCUCUCAAGGCCCGGCCUGGCCUGCCACCUGGGAUCAACAUGACCAGCCUGGAGUGGGUGGCCAGGGAGCCGACACUGCUCUGCACCUUCCCAAGCCCUGGUGCGCCCAAGAAAGACAGCACCCUCUCGACCGUGCCCCAGGGCUCCUACUCACUGCUGGCAAAUGGCGUCUGCAAGUGGCCCGGAUGUGAGAAGGUCUUUGAGGAGCCAGAGGACUUCCUCAAGCACUGCCAGGCGGACCAUCUCCUGGAUGAGAAGGGCAGGGCGCAGUGUCUCCUCCAGAGGGAGGUGGUGCAGUCUCUGGAGCAGCAGCUGGUGCUGGAGAAGGAGAAGCUGGGUGCUAUGCAGGCCCACUUGGCUGGGAAGAUGGCCCUGACCAAGCCUCCAUCCGUGGUGUCAUCCGACAAGGGCUCCUGCUGCAUUGUGGCCGCCGGCACCCCCGGUGCCACCGUCCCACCCUGGCCCGGCCCCCAGGAAGGCCCCAAUGGCCUGUUUGCUGUGCGAAGGCACCUCUGGGGCAGCCACGGACAUAGCACAUUCCCAGAGUUCUUCCACAACAUGGACUACUUCAAGUUCCAUAACAUGCGGCCCCCGUUCACCUAUGCCACUCUCAUCCGCUGGGCCAUCCUGGAGGCUCCCGAGAAGCAGCGGACACUCAGUGAGAUCUACCACUGGUUCAUCCGCAUGUUCGCCUUCUUCAGAAACCACCCCGCCACCUGGAAGAAUGCCAUCCGCCACAACCUGAGCCUGCACAAGUGCUUCGUGCGGGUGGAGAGCGAGAAGGGGGCCGUGUGGACCGUGGACGAGUUUGAGUUCCGCAAGAAGAGGAGCCAGAAGCCCAGCAGGCGCUUCAACCCCCUAGCCGACCCCUGA